CCCAAAGGGACGAAUCGAUUGUCACAAGGACCAUCAAUUAUCUGCGGCUACCGGAAACGAGGAGAUCCCGAGGGCAGUGUUCUGUCGAACUUUUGUUCUACAGUGGCGCUCGAAAACGGUAUCAAAACGCAGUCCCGAGUGCAUCCGAGUCCCGGUAGUGCUCGCACUACCUUGGUAGUGUGGGCACUGCCUUUGACGGCAUCCUGCAACAUGGUUACCGAAGAAAGUGACCAUCCGCACCAUCCGGAGGAAGAGAAGACACCGACCCAGGAGAAGGAUAGCAACUUGCUGGCACGGACCGAUAGCAACGAAAUAUUGAUCCAAAGCAGUAUGGAUGAUAUUUUUGACGUCAUAAAGUCUGGCGAGCUGUCGGAGGUGGAAAAUUUGGUUGAAAAGCUGGGCCCGGAAGCGCUCAGCGCUCGAGACAGGCAUGGCUACACGCCAGCCCAUUGGGCGGCUCUUGACGGGAACGUGCCCUUGAUGCGCUAUCUUGUUGAACGAAAUGCACCGGUGGACCUUCCCUGUCUUGGUACACAGGGUCCAAGACCGAUCCACUGGGCCUGUCGGAAAGGGCAUGCCGCUGUGGUGCAGGUACUUCUACAAGCAGGCGUUGCGGUCAAUGGGGCCGAUUUCAAGGGUCUCACUCCGCUCAUGACGGCGUGCAUGUAUGGCAGGACAGCAACUGCAGCCUAUCUGCUGGGCAUGGGCGCGCAAAACCAUUUGACCGACAUCAAUGGAGACACGGCAUUGCACUGGGCUGCCUACAAAGGUCAUGCCGAUCUCAUUCGCCUGCUAAUGUACUCCGGGGUCGACCUGCAGAAGACGGACAACUUUGGUUCUACGCCGUUACAUCUGGCCUGUCUCUCCGGCAAUCUGCAGUGCGUGAAGAUUCUCUGCGAAAAGCGUAAUCUAGAGCUGGAACCGCGAGACAAAAAUGGUAAGACACCAAUCAUGCUCGCACAAAGUCACCGAAACAGCGAGGUUGUUAAGCUGCUGCACAACGAGAUGAAAAAGAAGUCCCGCUGGAUGCCACCGAUAUCGGAGAUUUGGGGAAUGCUAUUCGGCGGAGCUGGAGCCUCCAAAGGUCCGCUCAUACUGUUUCUGGUGUCUGUGCUCCUUUGGGGCUAUCCGAUGUACAUGAUACGGUGUAUACCGAUCACGUGGAACACACUAAGGCGUUCCCACUAUUGCUUCAUCUACUGGAACGCAGUCAUGUGGAUCAGUUGGAUUAUUGCAAACCGGCGCGAUCCCGGGUACAUCCCACUCAAUUCCGACACGUACUAUCGCGCCAUCAAGCAAAUUCCGUACUUCGACAAGUGGAAGAAACGAAACAUUAUUCUGUCGCGCCUCUGUCACAGCUGUCGCUGCCUGCGGCCUUUGAGGGCGAAGCACUGCCGUAUCUGUAAUCGGUGCGUGUCAUACUUCGACCAUCAUUGUCCUUUCAUUUACAACUGUGUGGGGUUGCGGAAUCGGAUGUGGUUCCUACUGUUUGUGCUGAGCAUUGCGAUCAACUGUUCCUUCACGAUCUACUUCGCUUGCUAUUGCGUCAUGAUCGAAGGCUUCAGCCUGCUUUACGUGCUGGGUUUGUUGGAGGCUUUCGUUUUCUGUGGACUUGGAUGGAUUCUUACCUGCACAUCGAUUUUGCACGCGUGUAUGAAUCUAACUACGAACGAAAUGUUCAACUACAAGCGCUACCCGUACUUGCGUGACAAGCGUGGCCGCUAUCAGAACCCGUUUUCCCGCGGACCAGUGCUGAAUUUGUUCGAGUUCUUCGUCUGUCUUCCGGACCGCCAGGACGAGCAGGACUACAUGUUAGAUGAGAACCUUUGAAAAUUGCCCAACCACUCCGGUGGGCGCCGGAAACGCAUCACUAGCAGUGGCAGCAACAGUAGCAAC